CCUAUAUGUGGGGCAAUUUUGUGUUUGAUUAUAAUCAUGUGCUUGCUUGGGAUACAUCACUUGAUGAAAAACUCUCGAAGAAAGACGCUGUCGAGGAUUUCCUUAAAAGACCGACACAUGAAAGUAUCUUACGAUGAGCUCUACAGGGCUACAGAUGGGUUCUCCUCAGAUAAUCUAAUCGGCACGGGAAGUUUUGGGUCGGUUUAUAAAGCCGCCAUGAACUAUGAAAAUGCCGACAUCGUCGCGGUGAAAGUGCUUAACCUUCAACAGCAUGGGGCUUUCAGAAGUUUCAUGUCUGAAUGUGAGGCCCUGAGAAGCAUUCGGCACCGAAAUCUUGUCAAAAUUCUUACAUCCUGCUCUAGUUUGGAUCACCGCGGUAACGAUUUCAAGGCCUUGAUUUUUGAGUACAUGCCCAAUGGUAGCUUAGAAGAGUGGCUACAUCCGAAUGCAUGCCAGAAUAGGUCAUUCAGAAGCCUAUGCCUAAUCCAGAGGUUGAACAUAGCUGUGGACGUUGCCUCCGCAUUAGAGUGUCUUCAUCACGGAGGGUCCGUGCCGAUUGUUCACUGUGAUCUUAAGCCGAGCAACGUCCUUCUCGACAAUGAAAUGACGGCGCACGUGGGCAAUUUCGGGUUAGCAAAGUUUCUGCGGCAACCGCCUGACGAAUCAUCUGAGCGUUCAUCUACCAACACUGUGGGAAUCAAAGGAUCUAUUGGUUAUGUUCCUCCAGGUGAGAAAUAAGCAAUAAAAUGGUUACUUUUUCCUAAUUUACAGCAUUUCAGAAAAAAAUAUAACAUUUCUUUAUUUGAUUCCUAACUGUACUAUCUCUAAUAUUUUUUUUGCCGCUCACUGUCUUUUAAAGCAAAAACAAGUGAAUAGCAUGAAGUUUAGUAAAUAAAAUUAGAAA